UUUGGUAUUAUAAGCCAAGAAAGCCAAAACCUUCAUCAACAUCGCCAAAUAAAUUUUGGAUUAUCCUUCACAACUGCUACAAGGAUUAAAACUUUGAAUUGAAUUUUUAAAUCGUUAUUCCAGAAAUAAAUCCAUUCAGAAAUAUGACCAGUCUUAAAGUUAUUCUACUUUUGGCUUUGAUCGGCUUGGCUUAUGCCACUCCAGGAGGCUUCUUUGGCAAACAUGAACAUCACACCAUUCACGUGCCAUACAAAGUUCACACCAUCCAUCAUCACCAUGUCAAGAAGGUGCCCGUCAUCAAGGAGGUUGUGAAAGAGGUGCCCGUCGAAAAGUUGGUCGUCAAAGAAGUUGUCAAAGAGGUACCCGUUGAGAAAAUUGUCCAUGUGCCCGUUGAAAAGAUCGUCCAUGUGCCCGUGCAUGUACCCGUCCAUGUUCAUCAUGAAGAUCACCAUGGCGGUUAUCAUGGUGGCCACAGCAGCGAAUACAUUGUCAGCAGUGACUCUCACAAAGGCUGGUCCUCAUCUGGAUGGUAAAAUAAUUAGUCAAUAGAGAAAUCCCUAUUUUAGUCCCAGUAUUUGUUUCGUUUUCCUCUCCACCACCACCACCACUACUA